CCUUAAUCUUGACCCAACAUAACCUAUAUUUUUUUGAAUUAUUUAAAUCGACAUAAUAUCCCUCGAACUUAAGCAUUACUUUGCUAAAAAAUAAAAAUUAAAUAUGCCUUGCCUAUUCCAAUCUGUUUUGAGGCAUAAAAGGACAGUUCAAAGCAGCCUCUGCAGAAGACAAUUUUUUAUUUCUAACACCUGCCAGAAUAAGGAUGAAGAUACAAAACCUCAGGAAUCUCCUUUAAAAAGACUAUUAAAUGAUUCUGCUUCCUUUGACGAUGCUAAACCAAAGAACCCAGAACAACAGUGGGCUACAACACCUUAUCCGCAAGGUACUAAAACCAAGGUGCAAGAUGAAUAUCUCCCUAAUAAAAAAGAUCCGAGAGACAGUUCAAUCUUACUCUUCCCUGGACAAGGUAGUCAGUAUGUAGGGAUGGCAAAAGAUCUUUUAAAGUUUCCAAUGGCGAAGGAUCUCUUCGAUCUCUCCAGUUACAUUUUAAAGUAUGAUUUGUUAAAACUAUGUUUGGAGGGCCCUAAAGCCAAACUGGAUGAAACCAGGUAUAGUCAGCCUGCUAUCAUGGUUUCUUCAUUAGCAGCAAUUGAACGACUUAAAGAAGAAAGGCCAAAUGCAAUUAGUGUGUGUGUUGGAACAGCGGGGUUUAGUAUAGGAGAAAUUACUGCUUUAGUAUUUGCCGGUGCUAUUGAGUUUGAAAAAGGUCUAAAAUUAGUUCAAAUAAGAGCAGAAGCAAUGCAACUAGCCAGUGAAAAAUAUAAAGGUGGCAUGUUAACAAUAUUUUAUGGUCCGGACAGUAAAGUAGGGUAUGCUUGCAAGCAAGCAAAAGAAUGGGCAGUGGACAAAGGAGAUCCAAUACCGGAAUGUAAAAUUAGCAACUACCUUUAUCCACAUUGCAAAGUUGUUGCUGGAAGUGAGUCAGCAAUUGACUUCCUAGAAAAAAAUUACAAGGAAUAUGCCAUAAGGCGAGUUAAGAGGUUACCUGUUAGUGGAGCAUUUCACUCACAUCUAAUGCAGAUGGCUGUAGAGCCUUUUAGAAAAGCACUGAAUAAAAUAGAUAUAAGAGAUCCUUUAGUUCCUGUCUAUUCAAAUGUGAAUGGUAAAAAAUAUAGCAAUGCUGAGCACAUUAGAAGGCUGUUGCCAAAACAGAUUGUAAAACCUGUAAAAUGGGAGCAAAUAAUCCACACAGUAUAUGAAAGGAAACAGGAUGAUUACUUUCCCAACACUUUUGAGUGUGGACCGGGGCAAAGCUUAAAAACCAUUUUAAAGCAAGUGAAUGCCAAAGCGUGGGAUCACUGUCAUAGUAUAGAGGCAUAACAUUAUGUAUGUAAGUUCAAAAUAUUGUAUUUCUUUUGUAUUAUAGCUUCUAAUUUUUCAUUUUAAAUAUAAUAUUAAUUUUUAA